CAGGUCUAUGUCAACGACAAGAAGUUUGCCUGUGAGUCCUGCAUUAAGGGGCACCGCUCGUCCGGCUGUCAGCAUGCGGAUCGGCCGCUCUUCGAGGUGAAGAAGAAGGGCAGACCGGUGUCCCAAUGUGACAAGUGCAGGGAGCUACGGAAGACGAAGCGGAUGCACGGCAAGUGCACAUGCUCC